AUGCGGGAGGCGCGGUUCAGGGACCACUUCUGGAGCACGGAUCUGACCAGCACAGUUGGCUAUGACAGCAUCAUUCAGCAUCUGAAUGAUGGCAGGAAGAACUGCAAAGAGUUUGAAGACUUCCUGAAGGAAAGAGCAAUUAUAGAAGAAAAAUAUGGCAAGGAGCUCAUUAACUUGUCAAAGAAGAAGCCCUGUGGGCAGACAGAGCUGAACACGCUGAAGAGAUCCCUCGAUGUUUUCAAGCAACAGAUAGACAACGUGGGACAAGGUCACAUCCAGCUGGCGCAAACCCUUCGUGAGGAAGCAAAGAAGAUGGAGGAUUUCAGGGAAAAGCAAAAGCUUCAUCGGAAAAAGAUAGAGCUGAUAAUGGAGGCAAUUCACAAAAACAGGAAUCUCCAGUACAAGAAGACCAUGGAGGCCAAGCGUCUGUACGAGCAGCGCUGCCGCGACAAGGAUGAGGCGGAGCAGGCUGUGCACCGCAACGCCAACCUGGUCACGCAGAAGCAGCAGGAGAAGCUGUUCCUGAAGCUGGCUCAGACAAAAUCAGCACUGGAGGACACUGACAGGAGUUACCAGCAGAGUGUGACCACAAUGGAGAAGAUCCGAGAAGAGUGGCAGAAUGAGCACAUCAAAGCUUGUGAGUUCUUUGAGACGCAGGAGUGUGAGCGGAUCAACUAUUUCCGUAACGCCCUCUGGCUCCAUGUCAACCAGCUCUCCCUGGGUUGUGUCCAGAAUGAUGAGAAGUAUGAGGAAAUCCGCAAGAGUUUAGAAAUGUGCAGCAUUGAGAAGGAUGUUGAUUUUUUUGUAAAUUUACGCAAAACUGGAAGUUUGGCACCAGCUCCUGUUGUUUAUGAAAACUACUACAAUGCCCAGAGAAAUGUGACUCCUGCAAGAAGUCCAGCUCCUGUACCUAUAUCAAGGAGGGGACCCCUGCCCACCCCGACCACUGCACCAGGGGAGCCUGAUUAUGCCACAGUUGAUGGCUACAGCUUGGUCCACUUCUAGCAGUCACAGUUUUCCAGGAGGCAGAAGACACUGUUGGUCUGACCAGCGUGGCAGAGAUGGUAUUUUGAGUUAUUCCCAGACACAUAGAGCUGAAGUGCUUCUGCUUUUCAAGAGAAUAUUUGAGGACUCCGAUAAUUAUUUGUACAUUCAGAAAGCGCUUACUAAAAUCUGUGCCUUUGAUCAGCAAACUCCUUGGAUGGAUCUUCACACUCAGAGGAAGAAAAGGACCAGACACAGGGGUGAUCUGUGUUUUUGAAGAAGUUUUUGAUUUGAAGUUCUUCUAAAGUGUAGCCGUCUAGAAAGUCUGGAGCCUCCCACUCUCUAGAUAACUCAGAAGUUGUGUGUGCUGAGAGGAGUGCUGCAUGAUGCUUUGAGCACGCUGGCUUGUGCUCAGGGUGUGUGCAUCCCUCCCGGAUCUCAAAUUUUGCCUUUUCCUGAUGGCUUUUGCCUGUUCCUAAAGUCUUUCAUUAGCGGGGAUUAAACUUGUCAUUUAGGUAAAAUUUUGCUCUUACCUCUCAGAAAUCUUACCUAGAGAGGCACCAGUGGUUGCACUGUGUAUCUGGCUUAGCUGUAGCUGUGCUCAAGCUUAAGUGCUGACACUGGAAAAUUAUUUGCAUCUACCCAGGGAGGGGCUGUGUCACAUCUAGCCUGCCGAGAGGUCCCAGGAAGGAUCUGAAGGAAUUUAUUCAACUCUUCCUACCACCUCUCUGGUGAUGGUCUUGUGAGCUUUUAGGUUUAUCAGGUUGUCCCUGGUAAGCUCUGGAGACCAGGUUGGAUGGGGCUUGGAGCAGCCUGGUCUAGUGGAAGGUGUCCCUGCCCAUAGCAGGGAGUUGGAACUGAUGCCUGAAAACAGAGGUCAGACAAAAUUAAGGGGAAUAAAAAGUGGUUAUAUUUACUGAAGGGCCUUCAGGUAC